AUGCGUUAUACAGCAGGCAAGUUGGGAAAGAGAUUGAAGAGUGAGGAGAAACCGCCAGGGCCCGACUUCUCACCGGUGAAACCUUAUGGCCACUCAAAUGGCAUCAUCUGUAAGGAAAGGGAAGUAUUAGAAAACGACAGCUGUACGCAGGGCAGUCUUCGACAUGUUUUAGGAUGGAACAGAUUUUGCCCUUGUGAAGAUUUUUUUCCCUUUAUUUUGGAGAAUGCAGUUUGGAACAUGUGGUCCACACGCAAAGAGCUAUUUCUGACAAAAAAAUUUAUCUUCCCUUCAGGGUACACAAGCAAGUCAUACUACCAAGUCAAGGAGAUUGUGUACCAGGUUAACCUCAGAGCCACAGAUGUCAGGCUCAUGCGCCAGCUGCUUGUUAUCAACGAGAGCAUUGAAUCCAUCAAGUGGAUGAUUGAAGAGAAAGCCACUAUCACCAGCCGAGGCAGCAGCCUCAGUGGCAGCCUGUGCAGCUUACUGGAGAGUCAGAGCACCUCCUUACGGGGCAGCUACAGCAGCCUCCAGGACGGCAGUGACGGGCUGGACGGCAUCUCCGUGGGAAGCUAUCUGGACACUUUGGCAGACGAUGUCCCAGGACAUCAGACCCCUUCAGACUUGGAUCAGUUCAGUGACAGCUCCAUAAUAGAGGACUCGCAGGCGCUGCACAAGCACCCCAAAUUGGAUUCUGAGUACUACUGCUUUGGCUAAUGAUCCAGGUUUUUGCAUGGGACUAUUGUGCAAUUAACUUGUAUCUAUCCUUCUUCUCUGCUGCUAUAUUUUUGGGGUGUUUGUUUUUAAAUAAGAAAACCUUUUGAAGAAGCUUAUUUUUAAACCGCUUAAUGGUCUUUCUUUUGCUCCUAAUACUUCUCAUCUAGAUUGAUUUAUUUUUCUCUGUUACGGCUCUAUUUUUAUUUAUUACGAUAAUUUUUCUCCCUUUUACUGUAGCACAAAGAAAGGAGGGGGAAAGAAUAAGCAAUAAGUAUGUUUUUGCUUUUGUUUUCAGAGCAAGGGGUCAGGGAUUAUAAUAAAUACUUUGCUAAAUUUUACAAUAAACCAAAGUCUGAUAACUGUUAA